UUCCCACCGGGGGCAGCUCCGGGUCUAUAAAGAGAGGCUUCCCGGGCGAGCCGGGAGAUUUGGACGCCCCUGCCUGGGAGGUGUGCCAGAUCUGAGCUCUCCACCCGGUUUCUUCUCCGCUGUCCCCCCAGUUGGAGAUCUGGGACCAACCAGGCACCAUGGCGCAGAAGGGCCAGCUCAGCGAUGAUGAGAAGUUCCUCUUUGUGGACAAAAACUUCGUCAACAGCCCAGUGGCCCAGGCCGACUGGGCCGCCAAGAAGCUGGUCUGGGUCCCUUCGGAGAAGCAGGGCUUCGAGGCAGCCAGCAUCAAGGAGGAGAAAGGGGACGAGGUGAUCGUGGAGCUGGUGGAGAAUGGCAAGAAGGUGACAGUCGGCAAAGAUGACAUCCAGAAGAUGAACCCGCCCAAAUUCUCCAAGGUAGAGGACAUGGCAGAGCUGACGUGCCUCAAUGAGGCCUCUGUGCUGCACAACCUGAGGGAGAGGUACUUCUCCGGGCUCAUCUACACGUACUCCGGCCUCUUCUGCGUGGUGGUCAACCCCUACAAGCAGCUGCCCAUCUACUCGGAGAAGAUCGUGGACAUGUACAAGGGCAAGAAGAGACACGAGAUGCCACCCCACAUCUACGCCAUCGCCGACACGGCCUACCGGAGCAUGCUGCAAGAUCGAGAGGACCAGUCCAUUCUGUGCACAGGUGAGUCUGGAGCCGGGAAGACGGAAAACACCAAGAAGGUCAUCCAGUACCUGGCCGUGGUGGCCUCCUCCCACAAGGGCAAGAAGGACACAAGCAUCACGCAAGGCCCAUCUUUUGCCUACGGUGAGCUGGAGAAGCAGCUUCUACAAGCAAACCCGAUUCUGGAGGCUUUUGGCAACGCGAAGACGGUCAAGAACGACAACUCUUCACGGUUUGGCAAAUUCAUCCGCAUCAACUUCGAUGUCACUGGUUACAUCGUGGGAGCCAACAUCGAGACGUAUCUGCUGGAGAAGUCUCGGGCCAUUCGCCAAGCCAGAGACGAGAGGACGUUCCACAUCUUUUACUACCUGAUUGCUGGAGCGAAGGACAAGAUGAAAAAUGACUUGCUUUUGGAGGGCUUCAACAACUACACAUUCCUCUCCAAUGGCUUUGUGCCCAUCCCAGCUGCCCAGGAUGACGAGAUGUUCCAGGAAACCCUGGAAGCCAUGGCGAUCAUGGGCUUCAGUGAUGAGGAGCAGCUGUCCAUACUGAAGGUGGUGUCGUCCGUCCUGCAGCUUGGAAAUAUUGUCUUCAAGAAGGAAAGAAACACAGACCAAGCAUCAAUGCCGGAUAACACAGCUGCUCAGAAAGUUUGCCACCUCAUGGGAAUUAAUGUGACAGAUUUCACCAGAUCUAUCCUGACCCCACGUAUCAAGGUUGGGCGGGAUGUAGUACAGAAAGCUCAAACAAAAGAACAGGCAGACUUUGCCGUAGAGGCUCUAGCCAAGGCCACCUACGAACGCCUUUUCCGCUGGAUACUCAGCCGCGUGAACAAAGCCCUAGACAAGACCCACCGGCAAGGGGCUUCGUUCCUGGGGAUCCUGGACAUUGCUGGAUUUGAGAUCUUUGAGGUGAACUCCUUCGAGCAGCUGUGCAUCAACUACACCAACGAGAAGCUGCAGCAGCUCUUCAACCACACGAUGUUCAUCCUGGAGCAGGAGGAGUACCAGCGCGAGGGCAUCGAGUGGAACUUCAUCGACUUUGGCCUCGACCUGCAGCCCUGCAUCGAGCUCAUCGAGCGGCCGAACAACCCUCCGGGUGUGCUGGCCCUGCUGGACGAGGAGUGCUGGUUCCCCAAAGCCACAGACAAGUCCUUCGUGGAGAAGCUGUGCACGGAGCAGGGCAACCACCCCAAGUUUCAGAAGCCCAAGCAGCUCAAGGACAAAACAGAGUUCUCCAUCAUCCACUAUGCCGGGAAGGUGGACUACAAUGCCAGUGCCUGGCUGACCAAGAACAUGGACCCGCUGAAUGACAACGUGACUUCCCUCCUCAAUGCCUCCUCGGACAAGUUUGUGGCCGACCUGUGGAAGGACGUGGACCGCAUUGUGGGCCUGGACCAGAUGGCCAAGAUGACCGAGAGCUCACUGCCCAGCGCCUCCAAGACCAAGAAGGGCAUGUUCCGCACGGUGGGGCAGCUGUACAAAGAGCAGCUGGGGAAGCUGAUGACCACAUUGCGCAAUACCACACCCAACUUUGUGCGCUGCAUCAUCCCCAACCACGAGAAGAGGUCGGGCAAGCUGGACGCCUUUCUGGUGCUGGAGCAGCUGCGGUGCAACGGGGUGUUGGAAGGCAUCCGCAUCUGCCGUCAGGGCUUCCCCAACAGGAUCGUCUUCCAGGAGUUUCGCCAGCGCUACGAGAUCCUGGCUGCCAACGCCAUUCCCAAAGGCUUCAUGGACGGGAAGCAGGCCUGCAUUCUCAUGAUCAAAGCCCUGGAACUCGACCCCAACUUGUACAGAAUUGGGCAGAGCAAAAUCUUCUUCCGAACGGGGGUCCUGGCCCAUCUGGAAGAGGAACGAGACUUGAAGAUCACCGACGUCAUCAUGGCUUUCCAGGCCAUGUGUCGUGGCUACCUGGCCAGAAAGGCCUUCGCCAAGCGGCAGCAACAGCUGACAGCCAUGAAGGUGAUUCAGAGGAACUGUGCGGCCUACCUCAAGCUGAGGAAUUGGCAGUGGUGGAGGCUCUUCACCAAAGUGAAGCCGCUGCUGCAGGUGACGCGGCAGGAGGAGGAGAUGCAGGCCAAGGAGGACGAGCUGCAGAAGACCAAGGAGCUGCAGAAGAAGGCGGAGAGCGAGCUCAAGGAGCUGGAGCAGAGACACACGCAGCUGGCCGAGGAGAAGAGCCUGCUCCAGGAGCAGCUGCAGGCCGAGACGGAGCUGUACGCCGAGGCCGAGGAGAUGCGGGUGCGCCUGGCGGCUAAGAAGCAGGAGCUGGAGGAGAUCCUGCACGAGAUGGAGGCCCGCCUGGAGGAGGAGGAAGACCGGGGCCAACAGCUGCAGGCCGAGAAGAAGAAGAUGGCCCAGCAGAUGCUGGACCUGGAGGAACAGCUGGAGGAGGAGGAAGCUGCGAGGCAGAAGUUACAGCUCGAGAAGGUCACGGCCGAGGCCAAGAUCAAGAAACUGGAGGACGAUAUUCUGGUCAUGGAUGAUCAGAACAACAAGCUGUCCAAAGAGCGAAAACUCCUCGAAGAGAGGAUUAGUGACUUAACCACAAAUCUUGCAGAAGAGGAGGAAAAGGCCAAGAACCUUACCAAGCUAAAAAACAAGCACGAAUCUAUGAUUUCAGAACUGGAAGUGCGGCUGAAGAAGGAGGAGAAGAGCCGGCAGGAGCUGGAGAAGUUGAAGAGGAAGCUGGAGGGCGAGGCUAGUGACUUCCACGAGCAGAUAGCGGACCUCCAGGCACAGAUCGCGGAGCUCAAGAUGCAGCUGGCCAAGAAGGAGGAGGAGCUGCAGGCCGCCCUGAGCAGGCUGGACGAUGAAAUCGCUCAGAAGAACAACGCUCUCAAGAAGAUCCGGGAGCUGGAGAGUCACAUCUCAGACCUGCAGGAGGACUUGGACUCAGAACGGGCCGCGAGAAACAAGGCCGAGAAGCAGAAGCGGGACCUGGGGGAGGAGCUGGAGGCGCUCAAGACGGAGCUGGAGGACACGCUGGACAGCACGGCCACCCAGCAGGAGCUCAGGGCCAAGAGGGAACAAGAGGUGACGGUGCUGAAGAAGGCCCUGGACGAGGAGACCCGGUCCCACGAGGCGCAGGUCCAGGAGAUGAGACAGAAGCACACGCAGGCAGUGGAGGAACUCACCGAGCAGUUGGAGCAGUUCAAGAGGGCCAAGGCCAACCUAGACAAGAACAAGCAGACGCUGGAGAAGGAGAACGCAGACCUGGCCACGGAGCUGCGGGUCCUGAACCAGGCGAAGCAGGAGGUGGAGCACAAGAAGAAGAAGCUGGAGGUGCAGCUCCAGGAACUGCAGUCCAAGUGCAGCGAUGGGGAGCGGGCCCGGGCCGAGCUCAAUGACAAGGUCCACAAGCUGCAGAAUGAAGUGGAGAGUGUCACAGGGAUGCUCAACGAGGCUGAGGGGAAGGCCAUAAAACUGGCCAAGGAUGUGGCAUCCCUUGGGUCCCAGCUCCAGGACACCCAGGAGCUGCUUCAAGAAGAAACCCGGCAGAAACUCAAUGUGUCCACCAAGUUGCGCCAGCUGGAGGACGAGAGGAACAGCCUGCAGGACCAGCUGGACGAGGAGAUAGACGCCAAGCAGAACCUGGAACGCCACAUCUCAACUCUGAACAUCCAGCUCUCCGAUUCGAAGAAGAAGCUACAGGACUUUGCCAGCACCGUGGAGGCCUUGGAAGAGGGCAAGAAGCGGUUCCAGAAGGAAAUCGAAGGCCUCACCCAGCAGUACGAAGAGAAGGCAGCUGCUUAUGACAAACUGGAAAAGACCAAGAACAGGCUUCAGCAGGAGCUGGACGACCUGGUCGUCGAUUUGGACAACCAGCGGCAACUGGUGUCCAACCUGGAGAAGAAGCAGAAGAAGUUUGAUCAGUUGUUAGCCGAGGAGAAGAGCAUCUCUUCCAAAUACGCGGAUGAAAGGGACAGAGCCGAGGCAGAAGCCAGGGAAAAGGAAACCAAGGCCUUGUCGCUGGCGCGAGCCCUCGAAGAGGCCCUGGAAGCCAAAGAGGACCUCGAGAGAGCCAACAAAAUGCUCAAGGCCGAGAUGGAGGGCCUGGUCAGCUCCAAGGAUGACGUGGGCAAGAAUGUCCACGAGCUGGAGAAGUCCAAGCGGGCCCUGGAGACCCAGAUGGAGGAGAUGAAGACCCAGCUGGAGGAGCUGGAGGAUGAGCUGCAGGCCACGGAGGACGCCAAGCUGCGGCUGGAGGUCAACAUGCAGGCCCUCAAGGGCCAGUUUGAGCGGGACCUCCAGGCUCGGGAUGAGCAGAAUGAAGAGAAGAGGCGGCAGCUCCAGAGGCAGCUGCACGAGUACGAGACAGAACUGGAAGACGAGAGAAAGCAACGUGCCCUGGCAACGGCGGCCAAGAAGAAGCUGGAAGGGGACCUGAAGGACCUGGAGCUGCAGGCCGACUCGGCCAUCAAGGGCCGGGAGGAAGCCAUCAAGCAGCUUCGGAAACUGCAGGCCCAGAUGAAGGACUUCCAGAGAGAGCUGGAAGAUGCCCGUGCCUCCAGAGACGAGAUCUUUGCCACCGCCAAAGAGAAUGAGAAGAAAGCCAAGAGCUUAGAAGCCGACCUCAUGCAGCUACAGGAGGAUCUGGCCGCGGCUGAGAGGGCUCGCAAACAGGCCGACUUGGAGAAGGAGGAACUGGCCGAGGAGCUGACCAGCAGCGUCUCAGGAAGGAACACACUUCAGGACGAGAAGCGCCGCCUGGAGGCCCGGAUCGCACAGCUGGAAGAGGAGCUGGAGGAGGAGCAAGGCAACAUGGAGGCCAUGAGUGACCGCGUGCGGAAGGCCACGCAGCAGGCCGAGCAGCUCAACAACGAACUGGCCACGGAGCGCAGCGCGGCCCAGAAGAACGAGAGCGCAAGGCAGCAGCUCGAGCGGCAGAACAAGGAGCUCCGAAGCAAGCUGCAAGAGAUGGAGGGGGCCGUCAGGUCCAAGUUCAAGUCCACCAUUGCGGCACUGGAGGCCAAGAUCGCGCAGCUGGAGGAGCAGGUGGAGCAGGAGGCCAGAGAGAAGCAGGCGGCCACCAAGUCGCUGAAGCAGAAGGACAAGAAGCUGAAGGAGGUCCUGCUGCAGGUGGAGGACGAGCGCAAGAUGGCGGAGCAGUACAAGGAGCAGGCAGAGAAAGGAAACGCCAAGGUCAAGCAACUCAAGAGGCAGCUGGAGGAGGCGGAGGAGGAGUCCCAGCGCAUCAAUGCCAACCGCAGGAAGCUGCAGCGGGAGCUGGAUGAAGCCACGGAGAGCAACGAGGCCAUGGGCCGCGAGGUGAACGCGCUCAAGAGCAAGCUCAGGCGAGGAAACGAGCCCUCCUUUGUUCCCUCUAGAAGGUCUGGAGGACGUCGAGUUAUUGAAAACGCCGAUGGAUCUGAUGAGGAAAUGGACGCUCGCGAUGCAGACUUCAAUGGAACCAAAGCCAGUGAAUAAACAACUUGCUGAAAACAGAACAAAACCAAACCCAGUGGACUCUGCUUAGCACUAAAUCCAUUUUCAAAUUCCAAAUGUCACAGACACCCCUCACAACGAAUAUAAAAAACACCACCCUGCGUCCAGGGUAUCGAUGGAGUUUUGAAUGUUGUACCAAAUGAGAAAAACCCAAGAAGCGACACAGACACCCCCGCUCCCCCCAUCAGUGAAUUGUGCAGAAACCUUGAGUUUUUAGGAAAAUAGAACCACAGUAACUGAUCACUGGCAACUUAGUUUACGUGAAACGGGGAGAAAGUCACCAAAAUGGGUGCCACUGCCUCCCGCUCCCAAGACAUUCCCUAGCCUGUCUACCCUUCCAACGUCUCGAGUGGGGCCCUGUUUGAGUUCUUUCCCCUCUUGGUUACCGCACGUCAGAUGCACACAGUUCACCGAGACGAAGUGCCUUCGGUAGUCACAUGAAUUCAAAAGGAGACGCUGCUCCAGCGGGAUGAGAGCAAGAAUGUUACACUGUUUUAUAUGCACCCCGAUUGUACUUAAGGACACCUUCACUAAUAAAAGGUUAUAAAUCA